CUCGGGCUCUGGUGCUGCUCAGCCCAUCUGCUUUGGCAUUCAUCGCCGCUCGGCCUCGCCGGGCACUCGUCGGCUGCAGCAGUUCGACUGGCGCCGCCGGCCUCGCCUUCCCCCUUCAGAGCUCCGCGCGCCGCUGCCUGCCUUCGAGCUGCGACGGUACUCCUCCCGCUGGGUGCAGAAGUCUGUGUAGACCGCGGGCUCGCGUGGACGGAGAUUCAGCGUGAUGGGUGAACCUAAGACGGAAGGGGAGGAGGCGCCGCGCUGUGUCGGCUGCGGCCGGCGUGUGAAGACGCUCUACGUGCAGUACUCCCCGGGCAACAUCCGUUUGAUGAAAUGUGAUAACUGUAAGGCUGUUGCUGAUCCCUACAUUGAGUGUGAGUUCAUGAUUAUCUUGCUCGAUCUGAUUCUACACAAGACCAGGGCGUACCGUCAUUUACUGUUUAAUAAGCUGCACAUCGGUUCAUCUCUUGACAAGGCCUUGGCAGUCCAUCCAACAAGAGCAUAUAUGAAUCUCUGCGAUGGAAAUUAUAGCUGCUUGUUCGUAAUUCGGCUGAGUUCAAGUUCCAUUUUUGGCACUCUUGUUGUAAUAGUUUCUGCUAUCAUGUACUUUUUCUUUACUUAUGUUUGUUUGCAGGGAUUACUGUACCGGUCCAUUUUGGUGCAUAUUGUUCUUGACGCCUUCAGAAUAUCAGUUUCAAAAGGUAAAAAAGCUGAUGGGGAUUCUUCCCGGAGCAUGCUGUCCACAAUAUUCAAUUGCAGUGAGGUUCUGGGUGAUGCAUUGUUAGGGAACAUCAUCUUUAUGGCCAUGUUACUCCUGGGAGGACGAUAUCUCAUCAAAUUAUCUUUCGAUCUUACAAGGUCUAGAGAGGUUCUGUUAGCUGUCAUCAUUUCAAGCUACAUCAAGUUCUUUCUUUUGACAAUGAUGGUUUGGGAGUUUCCAUCAUCUGCUAUAUUCAUUGUUGAAAUGUUUGUUCUCUCAUCAAAUGUUGUUGCCCUGAGAGUCGUGACGUGGUUCCCAAAAGCCCAUUGCUUCGGAGUCUGCUUUGCGGCUCAUGCGGCGAGAUACUUCACCGAGAUUUGGCUCCUCCAUACACCGCGGGCAUGAAUUCACCUGCCAUCUUUACUCGAAGUAUUUGACACCAAUGAUAUUUUGAUAAUCUUCUCUGAAAAUAGUAAGGAACACUUAAAAAUAUAUAAUGACACCGAUAAAUUUUGAAGAGUGACCCAAAUGGUAGAUUUUCCUGGUUAGCCCCGGCUCGAAGGUAUACUCUGCAGGAUUGAUGAUCCCGCUCCCUUUUCGUCGGAUGUAAUGUGCGACAAACUGACCGAUUGCUAUGCAGUCUUCGCCCGAUCAGUUGCUCUGGGCCAUGCUGGAACCGGAGACGUCUGUACCCCGAGGCCCUAUAGUUUUGCUGUGACUGAAUGAUCUUUUCCUUGCA